UUGCACAGAGCAUCACACCCGCUGGUUUGGUUCAUUGAUAUCAGUUCUCCCUCACAACAAACAAAGAGAAGAGAAGCAAUGGAACUUUUGCAAAAUGGCCAUAAACCCUUAUUCAGCAUCAAACCCUCCCCAGAGUUGCCCUUGCCCUUGCCCUUGCCCUUGCCCCUCUCCAAUGGCAACGGGUUAACUCACCUCAACUCGCCCACUGAAACUCAGUAUUCGGGAAACAUAGAUCCUUCUCGGGUCUUCGUCACCAAGGUUAAGCGUCUAAUUGUCAAGGUUGGAACAGCUGUUGUUACUCGAAGUGAUGGAAGAUUAGCACUGGGCAGAAUUGGAGCUCUCUGUGAGCAGCUUAAAGAACUUAGCAGUCAAGGGUAUGAAGUCAUUUUGGUGACCUCAGGUGCUGUUGGUCUUGGCAAGCAAAGACUUAGAUAUCGAAAAUUGGCCAAUAGCAGCUUUUCUGAUCUUCAAAAGCCACAGGGUGAGCUUGAUGGAAAAGCAUGUGCAGCUGUUGGGCAAAGUAGUCUCAUGGCUCUCUAUGAUACCAUGUUCAGUCAGCUUGAUGUUACUUCUUCCCAACUUCUAGUGAAUGAUGGGUUUUUCAGGGAUGCUGGCUUCAGAAAACAACUUUCAGACACAGUGAACUCAUUGUUAGAUUUAAGGGUUAUUCCCAUUUUCAAUGAAAAUGAUGCUGUUAGUACUAGGAAGGCACCAUACGAGGAUUCUUCUGGUAUUUUCUGGGACAAUGACAGUUUGGCGGGUCUAUUGGCCCUUGAACUUAAGGCUGACCUCCUUGUUUUAUUGAGUGAUGUUGAGGGCCUUUAUAGUGGUCCUCCAAGUGACCCAAACUCCAAGUUGAUCCAUACAUAUAUAAAAGAGAAACAUCAAGAGGAAAUUACUUUUGGAGACAAGUCAAGAUUGGGAAGAGGGGGUAUGACUGCGAAAGUUAAUGCUGCUGUUUGUGCUGCUUGUGCUGGUAUCCCGGUUAUUAUAACUAGUGGCUAUGCUACAAACAACAUCUUACGUGUGCUUCAAGGGGAAAGAAUAGGUACUGUAUUUCAUAAAGAUGCUCAUUUAUGGACCAAUAUAAAGGAAGUGAGUGCACGUGAAAUGGCAGUUGCAGCGCGUGAGAGUUCUAGACAACUUCAGGCCCUAAACUCUGAAGAAAGGAGGAAGAUAUUGCUUGCAGUAGCAGAUGCGUUGGAGAAAAAUGAAAGUAUGAUAAGGAUUGAAAAUGAGGUUGAUGUUGCUGAUGCUGAGACAGCUGGAUAUGAAAAAUCUCUGAUAUCACGUUUGACCCUGAAACCUGAGAAGAUUGCUAGUCUUGCAAAGUCUGUGCGCAUGCUGGCAGAUAUGGAAGAACCAGUUGGUCAGAUUUUAAAAAGAACUGAGCUGGCAGAUAAACUCAUCCUGGAUAAAAUAUCAUGUCCUUUGGGUGUCCUCCUGGUUAUAUUUGAGUCUCGACCUGAUGCCCUUGUUCAGAUAGCUGCAUUGGCAAUUCGAAGUGGAAAUGGUUUACUGCUUAAAGGUGGGAAGGAAGCCCGAAGAUCAAACUUAGUCUUACACAAGGUCAUUACUUCUGCAAUGCCUGAUACUGUGGGUGACAAACUUAUUGGUCUUGUGACUUCAAGAGAAGAAAUUCCAGACCUACUUAAGCUUGAUGAUGUGAUAGAUCUUGUGGUCCCUAGAGGUAGUAAUAAGCUUGUUUCUCAAAUCAAAGAAUCAACAAAAAUUCCUGUUCUUGGUCAUGCUGAUGGAAUUUGUCAUGUAUAUGUUGACAAGUCUGCAAAUAUUGAUAUGGCAAAGCAGAUUAUUAGGGAUGCAAAGAUUGAUUAUCCUGCAGCCUGCAAUGCAAUGGAAGCUCUUCUUGUACACAAGGAUCUGUCAAAUAACGGUGGACUUAAUGAGCUUGUCCUUGAACUCCAACGUGAAGGUGUUAAACUGUAUGGUGGACCAAGGGCUAGUGCAUUACUAAAUAUUGCUGAAACAAGCUCCUUUCAUCAUGAGUAUAGUUCACUUGCUUGCACAAUUGAAGUUGUAGAGGAUGUAUUUGCUGCCAUUGACCACAUAAAUCGACAUGGAAGUGCUCAUACUGAAUGCAUUGUUACAGAAGAUUGUGAUGUUGCAGAAACUUUCUUAAGUCGAGUUGACAGUGCUGCUGUAUUCCACAAUGCAAGUACACGGUUUUGUGAUGGAGCACGCUUUGGGCUUGGUGCAGAGGUUGGAAUAAGUACAAGUCGAAUUCAUGCUCGAGGUCCUGUGGGAGUUGAAGGGUUGCUAACAAACAGAUGGAUAUUGAGAGGGAAUGGGCAUGUGGUUGAUGGUGAUCGAGGGGUUAGUUACACUCACAAAGAACUGCCACUAAAAGCAUAGCUUUGCAUGCAGAACUUAUUUCAAGCUCUAGCUAAUAUGCUCACCUCAUCAAAGUGGCGUCUCUUUUCUGUUCUGUUUUAAUAUGCAGAAGUUGCUGAGAUGCUGGCUUGUAUAAUUGUAACUAGUCCCUUUCCAGAACCUUUUUCUUACCUGGAGCAAUUUCAAGGGGGAGGAAAUAAUCAUAUGAAUGUUACUCUGUUUAUAUGCUCUUUGUUGCUCUUUUAUAAAAUAUUCCGAGAUUGUAAAACAGCAAUGCUGUGACAGUUAUAUAUUCACUACAUCCUAGUGAACUGAAUAAUUUUAGGGAAGUUAUUCUCCAGUUAUUAUUAUAGAGAAUCUAAUUUGAUUAUGCGGAAUUGAUGUUAGUCACAUGCUGAUUAUUCUCUUCAAUUGAUUAAUUCUGAUAUAUCAGUUUUAUU